CCAGCCGCGCCAUGUCCGACUACAGCACGGGGGGGCCGCCGUCCGGGCCGCCGCCGCCCGCCGGCGGGGGUGGCGGAUCGGGGGGCGCCGGGGGAGGGCCGCCGUCGGGCCCGCCGGGCGCCGCGGACAGGGGCGGCGGGGGUCCCGGGGGCGGCCCCGGCGCCGGGGGCUCGUCCGGGGGCCCCUCGCAGCCUCCCGGCGGGGGCGGCCCCGGGAUCCGCAAGGACGCCUUCGCCGACGCCGUGCAGCGGGCCCGCCAGAUCGCAGCCAAAAUCGGAGGCGAUGCCGCCAGCACCGUCAACAACAGCAGCCCUGAUUUCGGGUUCGGGGGUCAGAAGAGGCAGUUAGAAGACGGAGACCAACCUGAGAGCAAGAAGUUGGCCUCCCAGGGAGACACACUCAGCUCUCAGCUAGGACCCAUCCAUCCUCCCCCCAGAACGUCAGUGACGGAGGAGUACCGCGUCCCAGACGGCAUGGUGGGAUUGAUCAUUGGCCGAGGUGGCGAGCAGAUCAACAAGAUCCAGCAGGAUUCAGGGUGCAAAGUGCAGAUUUCUCCAGACAGUGGUGGCCUUCCGGAGCGCAGCGUGUCUUUGACAGGGUCCCCCGAGUCUGUGCAGAAAGCCAAGAUGAUGCUGGAUGACAUUGUGUCUCGGGGGCGCGGGGGCCCCCCUGGACAGUUCCACGACAAUGCCAACGGGGGCCAGAAUGGCACGGUGCAGGAGAUCAUGAUCCCUGCAGGCAAGGCCGGCCUGGUCAUCGGCAAGGGCGGGGAGACCAUCAAGCAGCUGCAGGAACGUGCUGGCGUGAAGAUGAUCCUGAUUCAGGAUGGGUCCCAGAAUACCAAUGUGGACAAGCCGCUGAGGAUCAUCGGGGACCCCUACAAAGUGCAGCAAGCCUGCGAGAUGGUCAUGGACAUUCUCCGAGAGCGCGACCAGGCCGGCUUCGGGGACCGGAAUGAGUACGGCUCCCGGAUCGGCGGCGGCAUCGAUGUGCCCGUACCACGGCAUUCUGUGGGAGUGGUCAUCGGCCGGAGCGGGGAGAUGAUCAAGAAGAUCCAGAACGACGCUGGCGUGCGGAUUCAGUUCAAGCAAGACGAUGGGACGGGCCCCGAAAAGAUCGCACACAUCAUGGGGCCCCCGGACCGGUGUGAGCACGCAGCAAGGAUCAUCAAUGACCUGCUUCAGAGCCUGCGGAGUGGACCCCCGGGCCCUCCUGGGGGUCCUGGCAUGCCCCCGGGGGGCCGGGGCCGAGGCCGGGGCCAGGGCAGCUGGGGACCCCCUGGCGCUGAGAUGACCUUCUCCAUCCCCACCCACAAGUGCGGGCUAGUCAUCGGCAGGGGUGGUGAGAACGUGAAAGCCAUCAACCAGCAGACGGGGGCCUUUGUGGAGAUCUCCCGGCAGCUGCCGCCCAACGGGGACCCCAACUUCAAACUCUUCGUCAUCCGGGGCUCACCCCAGCAGAUCGACCAUGCCAAGCAACUCAUUGAGGAGAAGAUCGAGGGUCCCCUCUGCCCUGUUGGACCAGGCCCGGGAGGACCCGGCCCUGCUGGCCCCAUGGGGCCCUUCAACCCUGGGCCCUUCAACCAGGGGCCGCCAGGAGCCCCCCCACAUGCCGGGGGUCCUCCCCCUCACCAGUACCCACCCCAGGGCUGGGGAAACACCUACCCCCAAUGGCAGCCGCCAGCUCCUCACGACCCAAGCAAAGCUGCUGCUGCGGCCGCUGACCCCAAUGCCGCCUGGGCCGCCUACUACUCCCACUACUACCAGCAACCCCCUGGCCCUGUGCCAGGCCCCGCGCCAGCCCCUGCUGCCCCCCCUGCCCAGGGUGAGCCCCCACAGCCGCCUCCCGCUGGCCAGUCGGACUACACGAAGGCCUGGGAAGAGUAUUACAAAAAGAUAGGUCAGCAGCCACAGCAGCCGGGCGCGCCCCCGCAGCAGGACUACACCAAGGCUUGGGAGGAGUACUACAAGAAGCAGGCACAAGUGGCCACCGGAGGGGGUCCCGGCGCACCUCCAGGCUCACAGCCAGACUACAGCGCUGCCUGGGCUGAGUAUUACCGGCAGCAGGCGGCCUACUACGGACAGAGCCCUGGGCCCGGCGGCCCCCAGCCCCCGCCCACGCCGCAGGGCCAGCAGCAGGCAAGUGGGAACUGCCACCCCCCGCCCCCGCCCUUCUCCUUCCAGCCCCCCGCCACCGUCCAUCCUGCCUUAGUGGGGAGCGCUGGCAACCCCUUCCCCUGCGGGGUGUGCCCUUGAUGCCUGCCUGCCCGGGAGCGCUGGGUGCAGAGGCGGAAGGAAGAGGCCGCGGGCACCACUGGCCCGCUGGACACCCCGUGUCUGGACUGGCGCGGACCCUCACUGAGGCAGGACUGUCAGACGGACUGGAAGAACCCCGGGGCGCCGCUCCGUGAAGCCAGCCGGCCCAGCCGCUUGUGCACUCAGAAUCCAGCCUCUGGGACGAGAACGUCUAGUCUCCCCCCGCAGUACUCUUUUGGGUUUUGUUCUUUUGAUCCCCUUCUUUUGAAGCCCACGAUCUCGGCUCCUGUGCCCGGUGACUGUCGCGGGCCCCCAGCGGGGGGUCACCUCUGCUCCGGUGAGGCCGCGGGGAGCCUCGGGCACGCACGGGCCCACCCGCCCACCUCCGUGUCCUGCCCGCUCGCCCGCCAGCUGGCGUCUAUGAAGUGGGCGUGACGGUCGUCACCACCUUCCAACCUACCUCACAGGGGUGUUGUGGGGACACCGUGAUCCGAGCGACUGUUGAUGGGACGCGCUGCGCUGAGCUGGGAGCCGCCCGCCUGCAGACCAAGGGCCCUUUCCUCACCCCUGAGCACUGCUCUCUCGCUCUCCUCUCUCUGUGUGGCCCCUGCUUCUUUCUCUUCCUCCUCCUCCUCCUCCUCCAUCUAGGAACCAGCCUGCCUCAGCCGAGCUCCAGGAGCACUUGGCCUGCCCAGCAGCGCCCGGCGUCCCACGGGCUCCCCAGCCCGGCCCCCGCCCUGCCCAGAGUGACCCAUUCUCUCUCCCUCUCUGCAGGCUCAAUGAAUCGAAUGAAUGUGAAAACUUC